GGUUCAACAUUCUUUUAUGUCAAUAGUGACAGAAAGUUUUUUUUCAAGACUAGUUGUGUGCUAUUUUUUGUAAUUUUUUCAUUAUUUUUUGAGGAUAUACUUAUGGGAACACUUUCUAAUCCCAAUUGGAAGUUACCUAAUAUACCCCUGAAGAAGCUCAGUCCAAAAAACCUUCAAUGCACUUUAACAACUUUACCUUCAGUACCUCUUCCGAUAGAUAUUGCUAGAAGAGACUCUUCUCUAUCCUACCUGCAUUCUAAAAACCGGCUGAUAAAGUCUGACGAAGCUCUAGCUCAGAAACGAUUGAAUUGUCAAGUGCUCUUUAAAAAACUGAAAGGAGAUUGGGACAAGCUUGUUUCAAGCGAGAAUCGAUUUCGUGAAAUGGUUAUAUCUCACAGCAAAUUCGUUAGGAAUAAUUUGGAGAAGAGGACCAGAGCCACCACUAGGUUGAAGCUGAUUGAACAGCAGAUCCAAGUUCGACAAGCUAGCAUAGAUGAGAUCAAGAAGGAGAUUGAUGAAACAAGGUCAAUAAUGUUGAAAUUCAAGACUCAAAUUGAAAAACACGAUAUUUAUGAUGUGUUCAUGACGAAUGCGGUUGAAAGUAACGAAUCCCCUUACAAAACCAUCUACGAACUCUUGAAAAGAUACGAAAUAUUAAUUAGUGUCAAGGAAAAAAGAGUUAUAGAACAAGUACAGGAAUCGACACAAGUUAUAAUAGUACACCAAGAUAUGAAGGAUAUGAUUGACUCCAGUAACGUGGUAUUGAUAGGUUUAAGAAACGAACUCAACGACCUCUCUUGUAGAUUCGACGAAACUUUCCGCAAAAACGUGGCCUUGGAAACCCUCCUAAUAACGAUCAUGAACAAAACCAACGAGAUCCUUGGGCAAAUAACAUCAUGCGAAUACAUGAUCGAGGCCAUCUAUGAUUACAUAUGCGAAAGAAGAGGAUUACCACUCUCAGAUCUGGUUCUCAGUGAAGUUGAGCCGAAAAUAGACACCAUAAAGAGUACGCUUGCUGCUUGGGAGGAAAUAAUAAAGUCUCCUGCCUUGCAAGCGCAUAAAUCGGCACUGAGAAGUGCGAGGCACUCUCAAUUCUGGAGACCGACACUUGUUCAAUCCUUGUUCAUGUGGAAGAAGAAGGCAUCUAUGAAACCGCAAGAAUCAACAAUCAGUGUGAAAAAGAUUACCAGCCAUUUCAAGUAGUUACAACUUUCUACCUUUUAGAUCUCUCUAGAUGUAGUUCAGAGUAGGUAUAGGAAAAAAAUAUUGUCUAUUGUAGUGACGUAUUGUAUGGAAUGUUUUGUGUAAGUUCAAUAAAGAAUAUAUUAUUUUUAUAGGCUA